GCGAAUUUUGAGGAUUUUCCCCCGACACAAAAUUCACCGCCCGACUCUUGGAUGCGCCGGCGCGAAGACUGAGUGUACUGUAUGGAUUGAAGGAACUACAGUGGCCUCCUGAUUCGCAUACCUGAAGCCAGUCUACUACCAGAAUUCGCCCAUCAUGUCGCGCCCUGAGGAUACCCUCGCGGCCGACAUCCACUACAAUGACACCGAAGCCCGCAAGUACACGACGAGCUCCCGUAUCCAAAACAUUCAGGCGUCCAUGACCCGCCGCGCUCUUGAGCUUCUCGACCUCAAACACCCCUCCCUGAUCCUCGACGUCGGCUGCGGCAGCGGCCUGUCCGGCGAGAUCCUCUCCGCCGAGGGCCCGGAAGACGGCGGGCCGCACACCUGGGUUGGUAUGGAUGUCUCGCCCUCGAUGCUCGACAUCGCGCUCCAGCGUGACGUCGAGGGUGACCUGCUCCUCGCCGACAUCGGCCAGGGCGUGCCCUUCCGCGCCGGCUCCUUCGACGCCGCCAUCAGCAUCUCGGCCAUCCAGUGGCUCUGCAACGCCGAGAGCAGCGACACCUCCCCCGAGGGCCGCCUCACACGGUUCUUCAACGGCCUCUACGCCUCAUUACGCAGAGGCGGCCGUGCCGUCUGCCAGUUCUACCCCAAGAACGACACCCAGCGCAACAUGAUCACCCAGGCCGCUGUCAAGGCCGGCUUCGGCGCCGGUCUCCUCGAGGACGACCCGGAAACCAAGAACGUCAAGCUCUACCUCGUGCUGACCGUCGGCGGCACCGCCGAGGGCGGCCGCGGCGGCGACAUCACCAACGUCGUCGACGGCAUGGACAACGUCGACGUCGAGGAUGCGCGGAGGAAGGCCAACGCACAGCAGAGCGGCAAGGGCGACAUCAAGAAGGGCAGCAAGGCGUGGAUCGUCAAGAAGAAGGAGCAGAUGGAGAGGAAGGGCAAGGUCGUCAAAUCCACGUCCAAGUACACCGGACGGAAACGUAGGGUUGCCUUCUGAAAGACAACCGGAACCAGGGCCCGGGAUGGUUUGUUGCGAAGUGUCGCAUGGCAUGGCGUUAAAUGGAUACAGGAAAACAUUGCUAUUUCAGAUAUUGAAUGCGGAUCAGAUACCCCUAGUCGAACACCAGACGGCCAUUUGCUUCUGUCGUUGUCACUUUGCUCUCGCAUUCUUAACGGACACGAGAACUCACGGCGUUAGUCAUGGACAGCACUGGUAUAUCUUUCAGGGGUACAAACCACUGGCGAGAAACCAAACUGGGUCCAGCGGUCCCGUCUUGCUGCAUGUGCGGUGAAAAUGCUACGUGGGGGGAGGGCACAUUAAGUAGUCGACCAGAGCCCUUGAUUGGGCGUCAAU